AUGUAUGAAAAAGUUAGACAUUCAAAGAGAGGAAAAAAAGAACAACAACAGAAGUCCAUACAAAUUUUAGAUGAGAAUGAAAGUUUUAGACAAUCAAAGAAAGACAAAAAAGAAGAAGAACAGGAGUCCUCAGAAAAUGUAGAUCAGAGUGAAAAUUUGAGACAAUCAAAGAAAGACAAAAAAGAAGAAGAACAGAAGUCCUCAGAAAAUGUAGAUCAGAGUGAAAAUUUGAGACAAUCAAAGAAAGACAAAAAAGAAGAAGAACAGAAGUCCUCAGAAAAUGUAGAUGAGAGUGAAAAUUUGAGACAAUCAAAGAAAGACAAAAAAGAAGAAGAACAGAAGUCCUCAGAAAAUGUAGAUGAGAGUGAAAAUUUGAGACAAUCAAAGAAAGACAAAAAAGAAGAAGAACAGAAGUCCUCAGAAAAUGUAGAUGAGAGUGGAAACGUAAGACAAUCGAAGAGAGGAAAAAAAGAACAAGAAAAGAAGUCCUCAGAAAAUGUAGAUGAAAGUGAAAAUGUGAGAAAUUUGAAGAGGGUGAAAAAAGAAGAACAGAAGUCAACAGAAAAUGUAGAUGAGAGUGGUACAAGUGAGACGACGGAUUGGAAUGAGAUUACUUCUUUUGAGGAGUUUAGGAUUGCAAACAUUAGACCUGUGAGAAGUAGACUACAGUCAAUGAAAACAAACAAAACGGAGAAAAGAAUGAUUUAUAUGGUGAAGGGAGAUGAAAUCACGGCCAGAGUCCAGGGACCAGACAGAAUGUCAGUUCACCAGAUAGGUGAUUACUUGACAAUAGGGAAAUCAAAUACUACUCAACAAAAUCGAAAGGAACUUUCAAGACUAGUCAAUUUGAUUCCAAAACCAACAAACAUAGUGCCACCGAUCACAUCAGCCUAGUCCAUGU